AAAUUGAAGUGAAAAGACAACGCGCAGAGCGAGCGGUCGACAGAUACGGACGGUUCUACGGCAUUGUCAGCUGAGCCCCCAACUCUCUAUUUUUUUCUUUUCAUUUUCUCUCUCUUUCUCAGAUCAAUUUUAUACAAAAAAACAAAAAAGAAAAAAAAAAGAAGCUAUUUGGGUAUUUUCUUUCUCCGAGUAUAUGAACCAUGCUUUGACGAUUCUUCAGAGAGAUUGAAUUCACGUCUCAGAUGCUGUGCGGAUCCGAAUCCCUAUUGCUGCUUCGAGGAGGAUUUGGAAACCUGAGGAUUAAGUAUUUGUUGUCCAAUUUGCUGGUUUUUUAGGGUUAUAGGAAUUUUUUUUUUUUGAUUACCGGAUCGAGCAGCAUCGAUGCUGUCGAAUCAUCUUCAGAAUGGGAUCGAGACGGCGAAGCUGGUCUGGUCCAGGAUCCCAAACUCGGAGGAUAACGACAAUCAGGAAAGCCUUGAUCUUAUCAAACCCAACGAUGACGGCAACGUCGAGAGCCUUGACUACGAAGUCAUCGAGAAUUGCACUUAUUGGGAUGAGCAGGCGCAAAGAGGAAAACUUUAUGUUGCAUACUGUGUGGUGGUCAAGUGGUUCUUCGCAUUGCUCAUUGGCCUUGGUACUGGAUUAGCUGCUGUUUUCAUCAAUAUAUCUGUUGAGAAUUUCGCGGGCUGGAAAUUUGCAUUGACUUUUUCUAUUAUACAAAAAUCAUAUGUGGCUGGAUUUCUGUUGUACAUAUUAAUCAACUUGGCUUUGGUCUAUUCCUCUGUAUAUAUCAUCACACAAUUUGCACCUGCAGCAGCUGGAUCUGGUAUUCCUGAAAUCAAGGGUUAUUUGAAUGGAAUUGACGUACAUGGUAUCCUUCUACUUAGAACCUUGAUUGGGAAGAUAUUUGGAAGCAUUGGCUCCGUCGGAGGCGGUCUGGCACUUGGCAAGGAAGGUCCACUUGUUCAUACAGGUGCUUGUAUCGCUUCUUUGCUUGGACAAGGUGGAUCUAAAAAAUAUCAUCUAAACUCAAAGUGGCUGCAAGUAUUUAAAAGCGACAGGGAUCAACGCGAUCUUGUAACCUGUGGGUGUGCAGCUGGAGUUGCUGCUGCUUUCAGAGCUCCAGUUGGUGGCGUAUUAUUUGCAUUGGAAGAAGUUACCUCCUGGUGGAGGAGUCAACUUAUGUGGCGUGUCUUCUUUACUUCUGCUAUUGUGGCUGUUGUGGUGCGUAGUGCAAUGAAUUGGUGUAAGAGUGGAAAGUGUGGUCAUUUUGGCUCAGGUGGCUUCAUAAUAUGGGACGUUUCAGAUGGACAAGAGGACUACUCUUUUGAGGAGUUAUUGCCAAUGGCAAUAAUUGGUGUCAUUGGAGGGUUAUUAGGAGCUCUAUUUAACCAGCUUACAUUUUACAUAGCUUACUGGCGACGAAAUUAUUUACAUAAAAGGGGGACCCAAGUUAAGAUUGUUGAAGCAUGUCUCGUUUCCUUGUUAACUUCGAUUAUUUCUUUUGGUUUACCACUUUUAAGAACAUGUAGUCCGUGCCCUGAGGCUGUUCCUGAAUCUGGAAUUGAAUGCCCGAGGCCUCCAGGAAUGUAUGGGAAUUAUGUGAAUUUUUACUGCAGUAAGGACAAGGAGUACAAUGACCUUGCAACUAUUUUCUUUAAUACUCAGGAUGACGCCAUAAGGAAUUUAUUCAGCGCAAAAACAAUUCAUGAGUUCAGUGCCCAAAGUUUAUUGACCUUCUUGGUUAUGUUUUAUUCAUUAGCAGUUGUGACAUUUGGUACUGCUGUUCCAGCUGGUCAAUUUGUUCCUGGAAUAAUGAUUGGAUCAACUUAUGGUCGUCUUGUGGGCAUGUUUGUUGUUAGCUUCUACAAGAAGCUCAAUAUUGAGGAGGGGACAUAUGCUCUUCUUGGAGCUGCUUCUUUUCUUGGGGGUUCAAUGCGGAUGACAGUGUCUCUGUGUGUCAUUAUGGUUGAAAUCACAAAUAAUUUGAAACUUUUACCUCUUAUCAUGCUUGUUCUUCUUAUUUCAAAGGCUGUUGGCGAUGCUUUUAAUGAAGGCCUGUAUGAAGAACAGGCACGAUUAAGGAACAUUCCUUUACUAGAAUCAAGACCUAAGUACCAGAUGCGGAAAAUGACAGCAAAAGAUGUUUGUGGUAACAGGGUGGUCUCUUUCCCUCGUGUUGUUAAGGUUGCAGAUGUGGUUUCUAUUUUGCGGAGCAACAAGCACAAUGGCUUCCCUGUGAUUGAUCACACAAGAAAUGGAGAAGCACUCGUCAUUGGUCUCAUGCUUCGCAGUCACUUAUUAGUACUUCUGCAGUCCAAGGUAGAUUUCCAGCAUAGUCCUUUGCCAAGUGAUCCAGCAAGACCAAAACCUAUCAGCAGACACAAUUUCAGUGAAUUUGUGAAACCUGCUUCUGGUAAAGGAAUAUCUAUAGAAGAUAUACAUCUUAGUUCAGAUGACUUAGAAAUGUUCCUAGAUCUUGCCCCUUUUUUGAAUCCUUCCCCAUAUAUCGUCCCCGAGGAUAUGUCUGUGACAAAGGUAUAUAAUCUCUUUCGCCAGUUAGGCUUGAGGCAUAUAUUUGUUGUUCCUCGUCCAUCCUGUGUGAUCGGUUUAAUUACCAGAAAGGAUUUAUUGAUCGAGGAGAACGAGGAUUCAGCUAUGGAGCUCCAAUCGACUAGUGUAAGAACUCAGCUUCGUGAUAAGGAGACGGUCAGGAGGAAUGCGGAUUCAGAGCUUCCGCUUCUCAACGGUCUUCUAGGAAAAAAUCAUACAGCUGGCUGAGAUGCUCGUCAAUUUUCUCUGAUGACUAAUUUCUUACUACUACGUUGAUUAUACCUCUCCAUCCCCUCCUAUUGGAAUCCAAAGCUUUUUCAGUUAUGUUUACGAACCUAACUAGGUUUUGCAGGGUUUAGAGAUAUUCAUUUACCAUCGCUCCCCCUUGUAGUGAGGGGAUAAUGGACCACACCAUCUUGAAUUUUUGUUUCAUAUACAACUGUAAAAUUAAAAACAAUAAAGACAGAUCAAUGCAAAACAAAGUUGUUUGCAUUCAGUGGGAGAAAUAGGGUUAUGACCGAUUAUAGAUUUCACAAAAAUAUGGGGGCUGGAGAGUGUCGGUUAUGCGAUCAAUACAACUUAUGAUAUUAGAUUUGUACUAGAAAUUCUUUUUUAGUGAAAUGGAUAUAAAAUUUUCAGCUACUA